CGCCCGCCCUCGCUCCCUCCCCUCCCCAGCACUGCCGCAUUCGCCGACUGCAGCUCCAGCCGCCGCCCGCGCCUCCCGGCCUUCCGCAGCCUCCGCGCCGCCAGCACCAUGGCCAGCACCCUGUCCGCCUACAAGGAGAAGAUGAAGGAGUUGUCAGUGCUGUCGCUCAUCUGCUCCUGUUUCUACUCACAGCCGCACCCCAACACCAUCUACCAGUAUGGGGACAUGGAGGUGAAGCAGCUGGACAAGAGGGCCUCUGGCCAGAGCUUCGAGGUCAUCCUCAAGUCCCCUUCUGACCUGUCCCCCGAGAGCCCAGUGCUCUCCUCUCCCCCCAAGAGGAAGGACACCUCCCUGGAGGAACUGCAGAAGCGGCUGGAGGCAGCUGAGGAGCGAAGGAAGACGCAGGAGGCGCAGGUGCUAAAGCAGCUGGCUGAGCGGCGCGAGCACGAGCGCGAGGUGCUGCACAAGGCGCUGGAGGAGAACAACAACUUCAGUCGCCUGGCGGAGGAGAAGCUCAACUACAAGAUGGAGCUCAGCAAGGAGAUCCGCGAGGCGCACCUGGCGGCGCUGCGCGAGCGGCUGCGCGAGAAGGUGCGCGCCGGGGCGGGGCUUGGCGAGGAGAGCGCGGGACCGGGGUCGAGGAGGGGGCGGGGCGAAGGGCGGGAGCG